AUGCAUCUCCUUGUUUCCGCUGUCCACUUGACUAUCUUGGCUAUGAUAUUGACUGUCACAUGUGUUGACGGUCAUGAUCGUGGCCGUGUCGAAUCCAAAGAGCGAUUAGAUCUCAAUCUCAUUAUUGACCAGCUGAACAUGACUACUGCCUCUGAGAUUCCCCGGAAACGUGGCGUUGAUACCGAAGUUCUGGCUACUAUCAACGGCCAGCUGGUCUCAUGGACCAACACAUGGACUGGGCAGCAGUAUCUGGAAUUCUCCGGGGCCGAGCACAGUGCCACCUUCAGUUCGACGGUCGCUCCAGCCACAAUAGCGAACGGCAAAGUGGAUCACACCUCCACAAGUCUCGCGUCAAUUCCAUCUAGCACUGCCUCUUCAAACCUCAGCAGCUGGGCCGACUACCCUACCGGCGAUGACUACGUGGUCGAUGGAUUUGGUGCCGCAACCACAGGGAAGCGUGUCGGUCUUCAAGACUGGGACUAUAUCGGCAACGUUGGCAACCCUUGGGGCAGCAAUAUAAUCCAAAUCAUGGAAGACAGGGCUAGUCAGUAUAAGCAUGUUGUCCGUUUUGAAAAUGAAAAUUCCAAAGUGUGGUGUGUGGUAGUGUGGAAUUCGUAUGGUCCCGGUGGUGGCCUGAACGGUUUCUGGAGCCCCCACAAAGCUCUCAGCUUCAGGAUCCGCCCUGGCCAAAGCGUCUUUGUCGCCAUCGACAACGACUCGCAAGGUGGAUGGGGUGCUGCUGAAGGCGGAAGCCUACCCAUCAACCACGUCGGCCAGUAUGCCUCGACCUGGGGAGAAUUUGACAUGAGCAAUGCGCAGAAUGAUGGGCUCUCUGGGUGGGACGUUUCCUGCAUUGUUGCCGAGCUCGCUAAUAUGAAUGUCUCUGGUAUGCAAAUUUGCAAUCACAAUGGCAAACAGUGCUCUUCCAUUACACAAGGCGCUGGGGCUGUUGUAAACGCCUACACCUCAGCCGACCAGGGCAAGAAAGAUAAGGCUGUUUUCCAACCUGCUGGACCCGUUCGUCUCAUUGUCAAGCUCGGGUGGUCUGGCUGA